AUGAAUGUGCAGCUGCCCCGGAGGGCGGAACAUCUACAGGGCGAGUGCAGCCCAGUUCUAGGGGCAGAAGCGACGACUUCACCACCACAGCCAAGAGAGACCAAAAUCCCGGCCGUGGGAACAGGUCUGACCCUUGCUGCGACGUGCAGAGGGCCUGAGGGGCACGUCCGGCCCCACGUCCCGAGCGCCGGCCAGGCUGAGCACCCAGGGGCCGUGGUGCGCGGGUCCUCACUGAGCUCAGCGGAGGGCACCCAGCAUGGGAACAACCCCCACAACGCCCUGCAGCCAACUGACCGUGUCAGGAGACUGUUUGCGCAGAGUUUUGAGAUAGAUUCAAGUAACACUCCCAAGAAAAAAAAAAUAUGUGCAAAACUAAGCGACGUGACCAAACGCUCCGUCUACAUGGAGAACCGCAAGCUCCCCAGAGGGCCCGGAAGCCAGGAUCAGGACGGGACGAGUGAGGACGUGAUAAAAACACUAGAAAGAACUGUCAGCUUAAGUGCAUCAUCACCUUUUUAA